UAUGGACGACCGAGUUAGUCCGUCACUGGCCACCCAUCAUCUCCAAUCCUCACGAAGUCCCAAUCUCUUUGCCUGCCACUUCGGUUGGAAAGCUAUGGGCGAAGUUGUGAACGUUCUCGUCGCGUUUGCUGUGAUUGUGUUCUUGUUCCGAUGGGUCACUUCAGGUAGUGAGUCGACGGAGCAACAAUCAGCUUCAGAUGCGUUGGGGUUCAGACCAAAGAGCGUCACUCAAGAUAUGAUAACUACAAUAUCGACAAUGUUCCCCGACAUCCCUGGAGAUAAUAUUCGAUACGACCUCCUACGAACGGGCAGCGUGGAACUAACGACGAACAAGAUUCUUGAGCGGAGCUUCCUUGAUGCGCCCCCACCACCAUAUUAUAAUAUCUAUCCUCGUGAACCUGCCGGUGCUCCAACCGCCCAACCCAAUGCCGCAGGUGCCACGACAUCAGCGCUGCCCAAGAAGCCAAAGGAAUCGCUAAUAUCGCGGUAUAAGCUCGAAGAACGAGUGAAAACUGGCGAGCAGGUGCGCGAAGAAGAGGUCGGUGGGAAGGCUGUCUGGGAAGAUAGUACGGAGAAGAGGGAAGCCAGUUUACAGGAGAGGAAGGCGAAGAUGAUUCUAGCUGCGAGACGGCGCUUCCUCGCUCAACAGCGAAAAGAUGCUGAGGCUCAGGCCAACGCAACUGGCAGUAGCAAGACGUCGUA